CUGAUCCGGACACAAACAGAGCAUUCACCACUGUAGAGAGCUCAGGCUACUGGACGGAGCUUUUACUGUGGUUCAAAAUAAAAAUAAAGAACGCGUGGACGUGUCUCCUUCAGCGUAAUUUAAAUAAUAAAGAUAAAUCGGCAGUAAAUUUCCAUCAGCGUAAAUCGGUCAAUACGAGAAGAGAUUUUUCUUUUUUCCUCUCCUUUUUUCGGUCUAGCGCUGAGAAAAACGCGUUGAUCGAAGUACUGUUAUAACUCUACGGAUCAUAAUUCCCUUCACCACAUCAUGAAGAGAGCAUUUGUACUCUUUCUAUUCCCGGUUUUCGUUAUCGGUGUGUUUGGUGAGUCAGUGUCAGUGAAGGAGGGAGAUUCAGUCACUCUUCACACUGAUGCUACUGAAAUAAAGACAGACGAUGAAGUUGAAUGGAGGUUUAACUCCGCUCGCAUAGCUAGAGUGACUGGGAACAAAGCUAUAUAUGAUAAUGACAUGAAGUUCAAGGACAGACUGCAGCUGGACAUUCAGACUGGAGAUCUCAAGAUCUCAAACUUCAGAAUCACAGACUCUGGACUUUAUAAGUUUGAGAUCAACAGCCCCAGAGUAUCCUCAGAGAAGACAUUCAGAGUCAGUGGUGUGAGAGAUUCAGGAGUGAAGUCGCUGUCAGUGCUGGUGGGAGAUUCAGUCUCUCUGCACUCUGGUGUCUCUGAAAUACAGAGAGAUGGUGUGAUACGAUGGAGGUUUGAACAUCUUAACACUCCUGUAGCUGAAAUCAGUAGAAAGGUUGGAAUCUUCAACACAUCUGAUGGACCUGAUGGGAGAUUCAGAGACAGACUGAGGCUGGAAUAUUUGACUGGAUCUCUGACCAUCAAGAACAUUGGAACCAGUCACUCUGGAGUUUAUGAAGCUGACAUCAGGAGUGACAGCAGUGGAUACACCACACACAAGUCAUUCAAUGUGACUGUCAGCGAUGCAGUGAAGACAGUGUCAGUGAUGGAGGGAGAAACUGUUACUCUACAAAUGAAUGUUACUGAAAUACAGACAGAUGAUCUGAUACAGUGGAUGUUUGGAGACACUGUCCUAGCUGAAAUCCAUAAAACAGCCAAACGAUUCUCCAUAUAUGAUGGACCUGAUGGGAGAUUCAGAGACAGACUGAAGCUGGACAAUCAGACUGGAUCUCUGAUCAUCACAAACACCAGAUCCACAGACUCUGGACGUUAUGAACUGAAGAUCAUCAGCAGCAGACACAUCAUAAACAGGAGAAUCACUGUUAUUGUCACUGGUCCAGGUCUGUCUCCAGCUGCUGUAGCAGGGAUUGUUGGUGGUGCUGUUGCUGUUGUUAUUCUGGUGGCUGUAGCUGUAAUUCCUGUUGUGAUUGAAAAUCGUCGCAGGAUCGCUGAACUAGAAAGACGAAAGAGAAAUGUUUGGUUGCUCUUUUCAGACUUAUUCCGUGCUGUUGGGCACACCUUCUUAAACUUCUUCCGUGGUGUUGGGCACACCUUCUUAAACUUCUUCAGUGGUGUUGGGCACACCUUCUUAAACUUCUUCCGUGGUGUUGGGCACACCUUUUCAGACUUCUUCAGUGCUUUCUUCUCAAAGUUAGGGUGGAAGUCCCCCGGAAGAGAGUCCUAUCUUUGAUGAAUGAUUCAGUGAUGAAGUUGUCCAAACUCACUGAAACAGAACAACAACAGUUUCUAGUCGUUUAUAAUCACUUUAUCAAUACACACAUGAAGAGUAUGAAGUGGACACAGUUGAAUUAAUGAGUUAAGACUUUAGUUUGUUUUGACAUAAAUAGAGAAACAUUCAUCGAUUCAUGAUAAACUUUAAACAGUUUUCUGUUUGUGCUGAUGCUGAUGUUACACUGAUCAUAUUACGCUCUUUUGACUCAGUUUGAAUGAUUAAACGCAGGAUGUUACGCUAAAAUGACUUGAUUGUUGUUAAACCUGCAAAAUAUUUCAGGACUAAACUCAGGUUAAUUAAUGUGUGUAUGAUUUUAUUUGUGUUUGUUUUUAUUUGAUACUAUUGCUUGUAUUUGUGCUUUAAGUGUUCAUAGCUUUGAUAUUUUGUAGAUGACUUUAGACUUUUUAGAUCUUCAGUGUUAUGAAAAUUAAGUCUGGUGUGUGUUUGGUAAUGUAUUCAGUUCAUGUACUCAUGUAUAGAGUUAAAACUCUGAUUAUUUCAGUCAUUGAUGAUGAAAAGAUCACAUCAGAUGAAUAUAGAGAAGCGUGUUUGUUUUCACAUCAUAUCUCCUGUGAGUUUUACUGAACAGAUCAAAUAUUUUAUUGUGAUCAAAUGUGGAUAUAAAUAUCAGUCUAAACCUUGAGGCAACCUGAAAACAGGAUUUAUGUAAAUAGACAUUUUAUUUCAUUUGAAACAGUAAUACAGUAUAAAACACAGAUGUGGUCACUUGCAUUUUGAAAUAAACUGUUUGUGAAUAACUGUAAAUGUCACUGAAACGCCUGUCUUAACCCAUUUGCUCUUUCUUGUUAUCCUCCUGAUUUCCUUUCCUAUUUAUUUUCCUCAUCAUCAUUUUUGUCUGGUGUGGAAGUCUUUCACAAGAGUCCUGACCGGUCAUUAUUCCUAACUUAUAUCUGAACUAAGAAAGAAACAACCAAACAAUCUGCCUUACAAUAAACCCUGUUGUUCACUCUGCAUCAGUCUUCCUCACCUAUUAAUGUUUUUUAUAUUUCUCUUUCUCUCUGAAGUGUUUCACAUUAUAGAUUAGUACGUUUUUAGAUACACACAAAUAAAAUCCUUCAAUAAUAGACACAAACUCCAAUGCUAAUCCAUAAUAAAUCAAUCAUACAGAAUGAGUUUUUUUGAGAAAGUAAAAAUGCACAAAGUUUCAUGUGAGGGUUAGGGUUAGGUGUACGGCCAUAGAAUAUACAGUUUGUACAGUAUAAAAACCAUUACGCCUAUGGGAUGUCCCCACUUUUCACAAAAACAAACGUGUGUGUGUGUGUGUGUGUGUGUGUGUGAGAGGUUUCUGGAGGUUGUAGUUUGUGUAUGUCUGGUGUUUGUCGUUAGGUGGCGCUGUGCAUCUAUAUUGAAAGAAUAUGAAGUCACCAACAGCAUCAACACCUUUAGAAAGAAAUUCAGAGUCACUG